UUCAGCGUCGGACAGCGGAAAAAGUAAUACCGUGCGAGUGCGGCUCCUGUGAUUUCACCCAAAAACUCUUUAAAAUUUGUGCGUAAUUCGUUGUGAGAUAAGUGCAAGAAUGGCCGACGUUUCAGUUGAGAACAAUGACGCUCCCGUUGUGGAGAAGGAGGUGGAGGAGGUGGCGGCCCCCAAAGUGACGGAGGAGGAGGAGGAGAAGGGCGCCGUGGAGAAUGGAUCCGAGGAGACGACAGAGAAUGGCUCCGAGGACAAGGAGGACGAAGAGAAGGAGACAAACGGUGACUCAACAGCAACCUCGGAGGCCCUGAAGAGGAAGCCCGAAGAGACAGAGGAGAAAUCCACCGAGGAAGUCGCAACGCCCGAGAAGAAGGCUAAGCUGGAUGAGUCGGCGAAAGAGCCCGAAGUGGUGAAAGAUGCUGAGGCCGAAGUGACGGCAUAAGAUUAAUUUAUAAAGAAAUGCAGAGAGAGAAAGAUCACGAGAGAGAGAGAGAGAAAGUGGGAGUGAAGAGGAGAAAAAAAAAACACCACAAAAAGCUAAAAAAAGAAAAUCAUCCCUUUUAUUAGUAUUACAGAAUAAUAUAUUAUUAUUAAAUGGAGAUGAAACAUUGAAAAUAUGCAAAAGAGCCAAUAAAAUAAGGAUUAUAUAGACAUUAAAGAAGAAGAUGAAAAAAAAAAUUGACAAACAAGUCGAAUCAUGAGGAGUUGUAAAAUGAAUUUGUCAGGAAAAUAUUUGAGUGUGUUGGUGGGACUUCCUUAAUCAAUGAAAACAAGUGUGAAAUCUUUGAAGAAAAAAAAUGAUCAUAUAGAAAUAGUCGAAGUGAAUAGAAGAAUAGUUCAAUGAUUUGUGUGCCCAAAAAGAUAAUCAGGAUAAUGUCUGAAUUUGUAUUGACUAAUAAUUUUUUUUAAUUGAAAAGUCUAACGAAGUUUAAAAUCCUCAAGUUUGCCAAAAAAAAGAAAGAGAAGAAAAUAAUGAAAGGUAGAUUUUUGACAAGAGAAAAUAUAAACCCACUGACGACACAAAUGUUUAAUUCUCUCUUUUUAUGCUCUAAAAUUAACAUUCAGAUUUUUUUUUAAUUAUAUAACCUUUUUGUGAGAAAAAUAAACGAAUUUGAUUCUCUCUACUUAAGUUUUGACACUUUCAUUGGAAGAUACUUAAACAAACCUUUAAGAAAAUAAAACAUGAACUUAUCUUUGGGUCUAUUCGAUGUGAAUUUGUUUUUUGGUGUAGUGGACAAAAAGAAAAACAGAGUAAAUGAGAAAUAUAGUUUUUUUUUUG